UGUCAAUAAAAUAAUUGACGUUCCCGGCCAUGUUUUGCCGAUUGAUGAAGUCGAAAGAGACUGGAUCGUUACCAAGAUAUCUCCACUCUUCACUUAUCUUCAGGCAACGUUUAUAAAUAAAGUACGAUUCCAUUGGAUCGAGCAUGAUAUUGAGCCUACCCACGAACGUCUUGUUUCCGAAAACAAUAAUUCUAACAAAGGAAGGAUGAAAGCGGACAUAGUAGGAGUUCGUCUGUCAGACAACCGCCAGAUUGUGUUCCUAGAGAUGAGCGGUGCACCGACUGAUUUCUUAAAUGUUCACACAAUCGGAGACACAAGUAAAACGAUUCAAGAGAGAAUAGACUCUUUAAAUUCUAUGCUCUUAAAUUUUCUGAACUACGACAUAAGAUACAUGGAUAAAAUACGCUAUUUGACCAUUCAAGGAAUCAGGGACCGCCUUACGCUUAGAACCAUUUUCCUAAGGGGAAAGGAGGAUUACGCUGAUGAAGAAGAAUUUUCGGCGAUCUUUCCACUUAGUUGGGAUUUCCGAUUUCAAUUUCUCGAGAUAUUUAAAUUAAUGGAAUAUGUAAUAAAAUCUAUUUUAGAUUACCCUAACGUCAUCAAAGAGUUAACAAAACAUCCAGCAAAAUCGCCUGAAUUUUCCAUUCGUCAUUGUAUUUCUGAUUAA